AUGGUCACCUACUCCGCGCGACAGCUCUACUACGACGGCAAGCUUCAGGCCGCCACCUCCAAUAAGACCUUCCAAACAAUCGAUCCUGCAACCGGCGCACACAUCGCAGACAUCCACGAAGCUUCACGCGCCGACGUUGAUAAGGCCAUUCAAUCCGCCGAACGGGCUUUCCCAUCAUGGUCCGCUACACCUCCCAUUCAGCGCGCGCGCAUUUUACAAAAAGCUGCCCAGCUUUUGCGCGAACAAAACAAUGAAAUAGCCACCGCCGAAACGCAUGAUACGGGGAAAGCGUUUAGUGAGACUAGUGUUGUAGAUGUUGCGACGGGCGCGGAUGUGCUUGAAUACUUUGCCAAUUUGGUAGGUGGUGGUGGCUUGAAUGGAGAGACCACUCAGUUGAGGGAAGAUGCGUGGGUGUAUACCAAGAAAGCGCCUCUUGGUGUAUGUGUGGGCAUUGGAGCUUGGAAUUAUCCUAUUCAGAUAGCCCUAUGGAAGUCAGCACCCUGUCUCGCAGCCGGCAAUACAAUGGUCUACAAACCCAGUGAAUUUACGUCCCUUCACGGCGAAACCCUUGCAAAAGUUUACACUGAAGCCGGUCUCCCGGCAGGCGUCUUUAAUGUGGUCCACGGCGCCGGUGAUGUUGGCGCAUACCUGACCGCUCAUCCUUCCAUCGCCAAAGUAUCAUUUACCGGACAGGUUGCUACGGGCAAAAAGGUGGCAGCAGCAGCCGCUGGAAACAUGAAAUAUGUCACGAUGGAACUCGGUGGAAAAUCACCACUCCUCGUUUUACCGGACGCUGAUCUCGAAAUUGCCGUUGAUGGAGCCAUGAUGGCCAAUUUCUAUAGUACAGGGCAAGUCUGCACAAAUGGCACACGAGUGUUUGUGCCCAAAAAUAUGAAAUCAGCCUUUGAAAAACGUCUCUUGGAGAAAAUGCAAUAUGUCCGAGCUGGUCCCGUCAUGGAUCCCUCCACCAAUUUCGGUCCGCUUGUUUCUCGAGUUCACCAUCAAAAAGUCGUAGAUUACAUCCGACAUGGCAUUGAGACAGAUAAAGCAACCCUUUUGUAUGGCGGGCCUGGUCAGCCCAGUAACUUACCUCAAGACCUCCAAAAAGGAUUCUGGGUCCAACCAACCAUCUUCACCGACUGUACCGAUUCCAUGAAAAUAGUCAGAGAAGAAAUCUUUGGCCCUGUUCUUUCUAUUCUUACAUACGACACCAUCGAAGAAGCCGUCCAACGCGCCAACACGACCGAACUAGGCCUCGCAGCGGGCGUGUUCACCUCAAAUCUGAAUGUUGCUCAUCGCGUAAUCGAUCAAUUACAAGCCGGUAUUACAUGGGUGAAUUCAUGGGGCGAGUCACCCGCUGAAAUGAGUGUGGGCGGAUGGAAACAGAGUGGUUUGGGCGUUGAGAAUGGGAGGAGAGGUAUAGAGGCUUGGGUCCAGAAUAAGAGCACCCUGGUGGAUAUGAGCAAUGUGGUUGUUACUGCUUUUGCGAAGCUUUGA